AAAAUAAAAAAAAAAGAGGGGGAAGUUUCUUCGGCACCUAACGGUUCGGCAAAUAGCCGGACUCGCUUUAACACACUCCGACUACUCAUUUGAUUGAUUUACCGUCAGUGAGUCAUCCUCUUCUUUCCCGACAAUAUUCUUUCCUUUCCUCUUUUUCUAUCUCUCUUCAUCUCUCAAUUCAAUUUCAAUUUCAAUUUCAAAUUUGUGAAAAAGACGAACCAAAAAUGGAAGGCGGUGAAGAGCUUAGCAUACAAGAGCUAACCUCUAGCAUUUCUACCUACAAAGAACAGCUUCAACAAGUCAAAUUGCUCUUGGAGGAUGACCCAGUCAAUCCCGAAUAUAAGGACAUGGAAAAGGAGCUUGAAGAGGAAUCGUUGUGCUGCUCAACAAGCAACAGAAAGCAGCUGCUCUUCGGUGGAUUUCUGCUUAAUAUUUAUUUUAAAGGUGAUUGCUUUGACAGAAGAGCUACUGGAGACUGCAAAGCAAAAUGAGAAUUUUGUUUCAGCUAUCAAUACAAGUGCAAGUACAUCUGACACUCUGCAGAUGUCAGAUAGGAUAGCUCAGUAUGAAAUGGACUCCAUGAACAGUUCAGAUCAGCAGGAUAGAUUUCCUGUUGGAACGAAAAUUCAAGCAGUUUGGAGUGAAGAUGGAGAGUGGUAUGACGCAAUUGUCGAGGCUUACACUCCAAAUGGCUACUUUGUCCGCUUUGCAGAAUGGGGAAAUAAAGAAGAGGUUGAUCCUGCCAAUGUACGAUCAGUUCAGGAUGAUGAUGCAGCAGUUGAUGCGUUAUUGCAAGCUGAGAAGGAAGCUGAGGCUACUAAACAGGCCUUGAAACGGAAAAUUGCUCAAGCAGCAGCUGGUGACUUCCAGUCACGAAGUUUACCAGCAAAACUUCGUGUAAAUCCUGAAGACCCUGAAGAUGUGAAAGCAGCAAAACGUAAGAAGAUACAUGCAUUUAAGUCGAAAGUGCGAUUUGAGCAACUAGAGGUGACACAGAACAAAAGACAAAAUGCUUGGCAGCAGUUUCAAACUACAAAAGGCCGCGCAAAAAAGGUUGGUUUUUUCUCAGGGCGCAAAAAAGACAGCAUUUUCAAGUCCCCAGAUGAUCCACAUGGCAAGGUUGGUGUGACUGGGAGUGGGAAAGGCUUGACGGAUUUUCAGAAGCGGGAGAAACACCUGCACCUCAAAGGAGCUAACAUCGAGAACGAAACUGUCGAGGCUGAUGAUUGAGCCUUCAAAAGUGAUGUGCAUCUAUUUCAUCCGAAUAUCAUCUAGGAUAGCAGUUAGCCUCAUGUUCAAGACGCUCUUAUGUGCUACGCAGUGUUUUAGACAGAACUUCUAGAUUUCUUCCCUCAUCCCUUUCGCCCUAAUUCCUUUUGGUUGUGGGCUCUAAGGUAAUCAAUAUAAUCCCCAUACCCCUUUUGAAAUUCUAUGUUGGAACGUCACCAUCUUAAGAUGAAUCAUGGAAUAUGUUUUACCUCGAGUCAUAUAAUUUGUAUGUAGUGAAUAUGUCCAGUGCACUAGUAAUUGAUGCUGAUUGGACGUUAGUAUUCCUCUCCCUUUUGUAUUUGGAUCCUUUAGAGUUGUAAAAUAACUUUACAAGGUAGAGUUUGAGGAAUAUCAACCGUUGAAUAAAAAAUUAAUGGCUCAUAUAUUUUCUCUCUAAAA